UGAAGGGAGAGAAGGAGUGGGAGGAAAGAAAGCGGAGGAACGCCGAUGAGGCGAAGAAGAGGAAGUGGGAAAGCCAUGGCCCACAAGGUUCUAACAAAAAGGGGAACCACGGGGGAGGAGGAUCGUUCAGGGCACCGGCGCCGCCAUCCAAGGGAAACUCGGCUUUCGGCGGGCACAACUCGGGCUCACAAGCCUCGACAGCGCCCAGGUGCCGAAAUUGCAACAGGAGCCACGCCGGUAAGUGUCGUGACCCUCCUCGGUGCUACCAAUGUGGAGACACGGGGCAUCUUAAACCAAAUUGCCCUCAACUUGGUGGAAACCGAGGGGCGGGAUCAAGCGGCGCUACUACGGCAAGUAGAAGUCGGACCGGAGCACCCCAUGCUAGUACGGGGCAGGGGGGAGCGAGCGCCAGCAACGCGCCGUCCGUGAAUCAAGGAAGGACGCAAGCUAGAGUCUACGCAAUGACCGAGGCCGAUGCUCGGGCCAAUCCCGACUCCGUUGCAGUUUCAGGUCGGGAUUAAAGCUUGCCGCUACCGCCCGUUGUACCGGAGAAUUCAAGAGAAGAAGACGUGGUUCGUGCUUCUUCUGUUUCUGUUUUGAAAACGAUUUAAACCAUGCUCAUGGAUAUUAUUUUUCUUUAAUAUGUAUUUAGGGCUUGUAUGCCCAUGUUGCCAAAGUGUGGCGUGCACAUUUGUAUUGAACAUUUCCGCUGCUUUAAAUGAUUAUUUUACAUUAUGUUGUUUAUG